CGCGCUGGGCCAGGGAGGCCUGGGAAGGGGCAAAGAAGGAACCUGAGCAGGAAGAGCGGCAGCGAGGCGGUGGCGAGGCGGCGGUGAGGCGGCAGCGGCUGAGUUGGUCGCGGCGACCGCGACGGCUCUCGACCUCGGAGAACAGGAUGCAGGUCCGCGUCGGGCUGACGCUGCUGCUCUGCGCGGUGCUCCUGGGCUCGGCAGCCGCGUCCUCGGAUGAUGAAAGUAACCAGGAUGAAUCCAUAGAUUCCAAGAGUUCUUUGCCAGCAGAUGAGUCGGUGAAGGACCACACCACCACAGGCAGAGUGGUUGCUGGCCAGAUAUUUGUUGAUUCUGAGGAAGCAGAGGUGGAGUCCCCUCUUCAGGAUGAGGAAGAGGGCUCUAAGACCGAGGAGGAAGUCAGUGUCUCAGAAGAAAUCAGCUUUGUAGACUCUCCAAAUCCAAGCAGCAAGAGUUAUGAAGAAGCAAAGAGAGUCCAGAAGCCAGUUUUGACUGCCAUUGAAGGUACGGCGCACGGGGAGCCCUGCCACUUCCCUUUUCUUUUCCUGGAUAAGGAAUAUGAUGAGUGCACAUCGGAUGGGCGGGAAGAUGGCAGACUGUGGUGUGCCACAACCUAUGACUACAAGACAGAUGAGAAGUGGGGCUUCUGCGAAACUGAAGAAGAUGCUGCAAAAAGACGCCAGAUGCAGGAAGCAGAGAUGAUUUAUCAGUCUGGGAUGAAGAUACUGAAUGGAAGCAAUAGGAAGAGCCAGAAGAGAGAAGCAUAUCGGUAUCUUCAAAAGGCAGCAGGCAUGAAUCACACCAAAGCCCUGGAGAGAGUGUCCUAUGCUCUUUUGUUUGGUGACUACCUCACCCAGAAUGUCCAAGCAGCAAAAGAGAUGUUUGAGAAACUCACUGAGGAAGGGUCUCCCAAAGGACAAACUGCCCUUGGCUUUCUGUACGCCUCCGGACUUGGUGUUAACUCAAGUCAGGCAAAGGCUCUUGUAUAUUAUACUUUUGGAGCUCUUGGAGGCAAUCUGAUAGCCCAUAUGAUUUUGGGUUACCGGUACUGGGCCGGCAUCGGAGUCCUCCAGAGUUGUGAGUCGGCACUGACCCAUUAUCGCCUCGUUGCCAAUCAUGUUGCUAGCGAUAUCUCCCUAACCGGAGGCUCUGUGGUCCAGAGGAUACGGCUGCCUGAUGAAGUGGAAAACCCGGGGAUGAACAGUGGGAUGCUGGAAGAAGAUUUGAUUCAGUACUAUCAGUUCCUAGCUGAGAAGGGUGACGUCCAAGCACAGGUUGGCCUGGGACAACUGCAUCUGCACGGAGGGCGUGGAGUAGAACAGAAUCAUCAGAGAGCAUUUGACUACUUCAACUUAGCGGCAAAUGCUGGCAAUUCACACGCUAUGGCCUUCCUGGGAAAGAUGUACUCCGAAGGAAGUGAUAUCGUACCUCAGAGUAACGAGACAGCACUUCACUACUUCAAGAAAGCUGCUGACAUGGGCAACCCUGUGGGGCAGAGCGGCCUGGGAAUGGCCUACCUCUAUGGAAGAGGAGUUCAAGUUAAUUAUGACCUGGCACUCAAGUAUUUCCAGAAAGCUGCUGAGCAAGGCUGGGUGGAUGGGCAGCUGCAGCUUGGCUCUAUGUACUAUAAUGGCAUUGGAGUCAAGAGGGAUUAUAAGCAGGCCUUGAAGUAUUUUAAUUUAGCUUCUCAAGGAGGCCAUAUCCUGGCUUUCUACAACCUAGCACAGAUGCAUGCCAGCGGCACAGGAGUGAUGAGAUCCUGUCACACUGCAGUGGAGUUGUUUAAGAACGUGUGUGAGCGAGGCCGCUGGUCGGAGAGGCUGAUGACUGCCUACAGCAGUUAUAAAGACGGGGACUACAAUGCUGCAGUGACCCAGUACCUCCUGCUGGCCGAGCAGGGCUACGAGGUGGCACAGAGCAACGCGGCCUUCAUCCUAGACCAGAGAGAAGCAACCAUUGUAGGUGAGAAUGAAACUUACCCCAGAGCUUUGCUGCAUUGGAACAGGGCCGCCUCCCAAGGCUACACUGUGGCUAGGAUUAAACUUGGUGACUACCAUUUCUAUGGAUUUGGCACCGAUGUGGAUUACGAGACUGCAUUUAUUCAUUACCGCUUGGCUUCCGAGCAACAGCACAGUGCCCAGGCUAUGUUUAACCUGGGCUACAUGCAUGAGAAGGGCCUAGGCAUUAAACAGGAUAUUCACCUUGCAAAACGCUUUUAUGACAUGGCAGCCGAGGCUAGCCCAGAUGCACAAGUCCCUGUCUUCCUUGCACUCUGCAAAUUGGGUGUCGUCUAUUUCUUACAGUACAUACGGGAAGCGAAUAUUCGAGAUAUAUUCACCCAACUGGAUAUGGACCAGCUUUUGGGACCCGAAUGGGACCUUUACCUCAUGACCAUCAUCGCGCUGCUGUUGGGUACAGUCAUAGCUUAUAGGCAGAGACAGCACCAGGAUCUGCCAGUGCCCAGGCCCCCGGGGCCACGGGCAGCUCCUCCCCAGCAGGAUGGACCACCAGAGCAGCAGCCGCCACAGUAGCAGCCGCAGGGCCACCUGGGUCCGUGACCACUAGGGAGCUGCUUGCUGAGAACACUUGUAUUUGAAAUAGGGCUCUGGAUGGUGGCCACCACCUGGAAGAGGCUCGAGGAAGUGUGGGAUCCCAGAAGCUGCUUGGAGCCUGCUGCCUUCCUUUUCAGGGACGAGUAGCUCUCACCAGAGCUACAGGGCAUGUUUGCUUCAGUGCCAUAUGGAAUGACAACUCUCAGUGGCUUCCCUCCUCCUCCUCCUCCUCCUCCUCCUCUCUUGUUUCUGGAAACAUACACAAGACACUCAAGUCAUGUCUCCCGUACCCACCUGUCUUCCCUGAGAGUUGUUUUAUCAUCCUGUCAAUGUGUGUAAGUUCCUACAUCAAUGUCUUUUAAAGUCCUGAGCAUUGACAACCUGGGAAAACUCAGUUGCGAGGUUAAACCAUAAAAAACAUGCUUAAGUCUGAGAAUAGAACUUGCCUUGAAGUCAAAAACAGAACAAGCCAAACAGGACGUCUUCAGGGUGUUUGGGAAAGGUCUACACAUAUUUGGCACUUUCUAUACUCAAAGGGAUUAUGGAGCGGUUUCCUGAACUGGCGACUGUGACACUUCCUAGCAGACUUUUCUUCCUCGAAGACUGAAAGGCUUUGCUCAAGAAUUCUUUGUGAGCUCCACUUCUUGUGAUGGAGUAGAAGUGAACUGACUCCUUGCACUCACAUAGGAACUUGCCCCCAACUCCUCAGUGUGACUUGCUUGUUGGUUUUAGUAUAGCGAGUAAUCCAGAAGCCAGAGGAUGGAUGAAAUGGAAAAAUCAGAAAACAGCCUUAAUCAGACUUCUGGGAGAUGAGACACACCCUCCCACAGCUGAUGCGUUGCUCCCCAGGUUUCAUUUUACUUUUCAUUUCUUACUUUACAGAGAACAUAGAACCCUCUGAAAGCCUUCGAAUAUGAAAUACUAUUGUCAAGAUACGGCAGGCAGUAACUUACCUUGUAAUACUAAAACUCAGAUUGUUGAGGAUGGGUUAGACCCAAUGCAUGGCGAAAACCAAGGCCUGGGUGUCCCAUUCUGUGUGAUCUGGGCACUUUCUCUUUCUGACAGUUUUGUGUGGCUGUAGAAAGUCAGCCACUUGCUUAGCUGUCAUGUUACCACCCUUCUAUUGUAGACAUUAGGAAAUAUGAAGGUUGUUACACUUGAAUAUUGCCUGCUUAAAAAGAUACAAAACAACAAACAUUGAGAGCUUCACAUAAUCACCUAUAUGAAGGAAAGCCUAAGGUGAAUUUGUGGUUUGUGUAAAUGGCAGCAUUCAGCAGCCACUGCCCCGUAAGUGAACUGACACCAGCCUGGUCAUAAUCACCUUUACAUUUUCUUCUGUAAUCCCUGUCUGCCAUGAAACUUGAGUUUAUCACUUGUGGAGUUUGUAACACUUUGGGUUUGAUGUUGGGAUUAUAAUCAGAACUAGAUUGAGUUCUUCUAUAGUGAACAUGAGGGCUUUAAAUGUGAAGUUGUAUUCUUUUGUGUGCUUACAGUAUUAUGGGAUACCUGGUAAGCAAACUUUCCUCCCAGAUAUUUGCCUCCAAGUUGGAAGAGGUGGCCACAGAGAGGCCAUAUGCAUAAAAGACGAUCUUUGAGAGGCAGCCAGUGUUCCUCUCAAAAACAUAAUGUUGCUUUGGGCAGUGCCUGUAAAUAGUAAGGCUUAUUCGGUGUGCUGUGCUUAAAGAUUAGAUUGUGAGUGGUACAAUAAAUUGGGGCCAUCACUUCUGCCUCUUCUCCCAGGCCCACUGCCAGCCCAGCGAGAUCCAUGGUGGCAGCGCUCUUCAUUUAGAAGGGACUGUUUUAAGUUAUUUGGAGGGACUGGGUACAGUGGUGUACCGGUAGUCCCAGCUCCUUAUGGGGCUGAGGGAGGAAAAUCACUUUAGGCCAGGAAUUCAAGACCAGCCUAGGCAGCCAAACAAGACCCAGUCUCAAAAAAUAAAUAGUUGGGAAACGCUAAGGUGAAUGUGACUUGUGUGGUUUUCCUGUACCACCGUCUAAUAUCUCCUUGGACAGCAGCAUUUUUGUCCAUCUUUACUUCAGAGUCCUGAAGUAAUUAUUUCUUAAUUUAAGAAAUAUUUCUUAAACUAGCAUACACUACCUACGGCUGGAUGGGACUGCGUGGCCGUGUCCUUUGUGUUAAUGCUGCCAAUAUCCUUUCCUUGGCUUGUUUCCACCUUGUUUCCAACCUGGGUCAUUUGCACCCAGAAGUCUGGGGAGCAUGUUUGAAAUAAUUCAGUUCUUACGGCUUCUCUCAAAGAUGGUCUCAAAAUGCUUUGCUCCUGUUCUCUUACUGCUCAUGGGACGUGGUACCUAAGCAAAUAGGAAUUGGAUUUGGUGUUUCUCUCAAAAAAUAAUGCACAGUACUUACUAAUGGCAUCCAUUUGAAUAAAGUGGCAAUAAAGCUAGUUAAUGUCAGUGACAUUAAGCCAACUCCAGGAUUCAGGAGUUUUAGCAUUAGGAUUUAGAUUGACAGCUAGAGUGUGGCUUCCUUGCUCCCGGCAGCCCAUCCCUCCCGCUGCCUUCUGUGGUGUCUUGUCCUCUCUUGGGCCCCUGUUCCCCUGUGUGCCUGCCCCAUUGGGGAGCCAGCUAUUUCAGAGUCUUGAGACCACGAACAUUACUUCAGUGGUGUUUCCACAAAGGUGAAGUUGUUCUUUUUGUGUUUGAAGUUUUUCUUUCUGGUUUCUGGGUUUUCUUGGUUACUAGCCUAUAGCACAGAAAAAGAUAAAUCAAAGGCUAUUUUUCUUUUCAAAAAUUCAUUAACACCUAAACCAGAUUCAUGUAAAAAUACAGGUCCUAAAUCUUGAUAUUCUUUAAAGUUUGUUCUUCUGAAUAUAAGAUUAACUUCUGAACAACAUUUUACCCCUCACCUGCCUUGUCUCUGCCACGGAGAAGCACUAGAGACCCCCUUCAGGGACCUGGUGCUGAGCCGACGGCUAGGUGUUCUCGACAGAGUUUGGUUUGGUUUGGCUGGUUGCUUGGUUUUUCCUCCCUUCUCUGCUCCCUCCUGUGUUUUCUCUUUAGUGCUUGAGAGCACACAUGUAGGCCUCCAGAGGUGGACCUCAGCUCGUCAUGUGUGUGGCAUUUGCCCAGUAUCUAAUUCCAUCUGCGAAACCUUCCUUUCCAGGGGUUUGGACUAACACUUCACGUGUACAUUUCAGAACAAGAUGCUUCUGGUGGCCCACUCCCUGCCAAGAAGAGCAGGCUUGUGUUUACUCCAGGAACAGCUAGUAUUUGAAAGUGACUCUAAAGUAUAUUAGACAACAUUAUAUGGCCAGAGGUAUACAAGAAAUAACCAGAGCAAAAGAACUAUUUUAUGCAAAAAAUUUCAUUAGUUAUUGCUCAGAUGAGAGAAAAAUAUUCCUAGAUGCUAUAUUGUCUGUUUUUUUAAAUGGGUAGUAUUCUUUGAGGAGAAGCCAAGUGUCUCUACCCACUAGGGAUUUCAAGAGAAUUUGAAAUAACCCCAUAUACCAAUGAUUUGUAUCUUAAAGGGACUGUUUCCACAAGUGAUUUUGUAUGCAUAAGAAGGGUCCGUUGGUUAUGUGCAGGGAGCCAUUCAUAUGUGCUGUCUUACUAUUUAUUGACGAACAAUCUGACACUAUUUCUCUUAUUUAAAAAACAAUGUUGACAUGAUCAAAGUAUGACCACUAUAAAUGUUGAGGGAACUGUUUAAAGAGCAUAAGUUGGCAUUGUGAAGGAACACCAUAGUAGACUUUUGUAAAUGUAUUUUGUAUGUAAUGGAAUGCAGUGUAAAGGCUGGUGGAGUGUAUUAUAAUUGUGUACACAAAUCCUGUUAAUAGAGAGAUGUACAGAUUCGUUUUGUACUGUAUCUUGAAACUUGUGAAAUAAAGAUCCCACCUCUGGUUA